UUCGCUGCAGUGAUUUAAUGGUCUUACUUUCUCACCCAGCGAAGACCUGGAAAUACGGCAAUGCACUCAGGGCUACUCUGGGUGCCUCUGGAGAAAAUAAUUGGCCGUGGAAGAGGAGGCGUUUCUCUAUGUCUCUGUCUUGGACUCACUUGUCUAUGGAGCUUUCUUGAGCGACUGUACGCAGUGCAGCCGCGGAUCAAAGAAAGAUUCAGAAGAUAUCACGUAUAUAAACUCCCAAAGAAGUUUACUGACUUCGUGGUCUCCCAGAGUUUGUAAAUGACAAGGGAAAAGCUAUGAGAUGAAAAGCAGACGUUUCAAAGAGACCGGAAGUAGUUUUGAGAAUUUAGCUCCGUUUCCCCUAGUUACUGCGGAUCGCUGCGGUCGAAGUUGACUCUUAAGAUGC